AUGGCGGCAGUACCCGUUUCCGUCGAACCGGCCAGGCUCGAAGACGCUCCCGCUAUUGCCGAAAUUUUCCUGAAGUCUUUCAAUAGUGACUUCUUUCAGACCAUGUUCCCCCAAAACGAAUACGGCCGGGCCUACAUGACCAAUGCCUACAGACAUUUCAUGUUCUCCAAAGAGCACGGCUCUCAAGAAGGUCAGGUUGCUGUUGUCAGAAACGAGAAAGGCGAGCCUGUGGCCACAACCCUCAUCUGGAUCAUCCGUCCCGAAGACAACGGAACCUGGUCAUGGCGAAAGCGAUGGCCGCCCGCUAAUGCAGGGCAAAAGGAUGAGCUUCUUGACGAGUUCUUCUCCGACAUGGCGUCUCAGCACGAACGCGUCAUGGGCAACAGCCCUCACGUUUACUUCGAGCUGAUAUUUACCGACCCGGCCUACCUUCGACGAGGCUAUGCGCAAGCCCUCCUUCAACGAGGGACGGAAAUCGCCGACCAAUUGGGCUACCCAAUGUAUCUCGACGCCGAGGAGUACAUUGUUAACCUCUACUCACAAGCAGGCUUCUCAAUCAUGACUGAUGUUGGCCAGUCGUCACAAAUGAUUCCCAUGAUGAGACCAGCCAAGGGCUGA